AUGGCUCGUUACAAAGAUGCUAGUGGCAAAAAGGUUACGUCGUUAAAUUUGGUGACCGGAUUCUUUCAAUACCAGCUGGAUGAGCAAGAGGCAGUGCAAAAGAGGACUUUCACAAAAUGGAUCAACACUCAUUUGGCCAAGCGCAAUCCCCCCUUGGUGGUCAAUGAUCUGUUUGAAGAUAUCAAAGAUGGGGUUAUGCUACUUGCUCUUUUGGAGGUUCUUUCUGGUCAGAAACUGCCCUGCGAGCAGGGACGUCAUCUGAAGAGAAUCCAUUGGGUGGCUAAUAUUGGCUCUGCCCUUAAGUUUCUAGAAGGAAGGCGGAUUAAGCUAGUCAACAUCAAUUCAACUGAUAUUGCUGAUGGUAGGCCUUCUAUUGUACUUGGCUUGAUGUGGACCAUAAUUUUAUAUUUCCAGAUUGAAGAGCUGACAAGCAACCUUCCACAGCUGCAGUCAUUGUCUAGCAGUACAUCUUCUGUGGACAGUGUCGUCAGCUCUGAGGCUGCAAGUCCACCAACAAAACGGAAGGUAGUAACCAAAGUUCAAGGAAACGCUAAGAAGGCUUUGUUAAAGUGGGUGCAGUACACAGCAGCAAAGCAGGCUGGAAUUGAAGUCAAAGAUUUUGGACGAAGUUGGAGGAGUGGUGUUGCCUUUCAUUCAGUUAUUCAUGCUAUUCGUCCAGAGCUAGUGGACAUGGAGAAAGUGAAAGGAAGAUCUAAUAGGGAAAACCUAAAUGAGGCCUUCACAAUUGCAGAAACAGAACUAGGAAUCCCAAGACUUCUUGAUCCUGAAGAUGUGGAUGUUGACAAGCCAGACGAAAAGUCUAUCAUGACCUACGUAGCACAGUUCCUGAAACACUAUCCUGAUCUUCAUAAUACAACUGAAAUGCAGGAGAAUGAUGACACACUUCAAGCAAUCCCAACUUUUUCCAUUAUUAUUCCUAAAUUAAAAAAAGAAGAUAGACUGAUGCUGAGAGACCUCAAAGUUUGGGUAGAACAGUUCGAAAGGGACCUGACCAGGACACAGAUGGUAGAAGCAAGCUUACAGGAAAAAUACCAGUCAUUUAAACACUUCCGAGUCCAGUAUGAAAUAAAGAGGAAACAGAUUGAACUUGUAAUCCAGUCUUCACGUAAAGAUGGUAAAUUAUCACUUGAUCAAGCUAUGGUGAAGCAAGCUUGGGACAGGGUUUCUUCCAGGCUACUAGAUUGGCACAAAUAUCUUGAUAAAUCUCUUCCUGCGCCUUUGGGUACCAUAGGUGCCUGGCUUUACAGAGCAGAGGCUGCCGUUAGGGAAGAAAUAAUUGUCCAGCAAGCUCAUGAGGAAACAGCUAAUACGAUACAUCGGAAGCUUGAACAGCAUAAGGACCUGCUUAAAAACCUAGAUGGUCACAAAAAGGCAUUCCAAGGGAUCCACCGGGCUAGGUCUGUUAAUGGAGUCCCUGUUCCACUGGAGCAGUUAGACGAUAUGGCAGAGAGGUUUAAUUUUGUUGCAUCUACGUCUGAACUCCAUCUGUUGAAAAUGGAGUUUCUGGAACUGAAAUACCGUCUGCUGUCACUGUUAGUCCUUGCAGAAUCGAAGUUAAAAUCAUGGAUUAUCAAAUAUGGAAGACGAGAGUCGGUAGAACUACUUCUACAAAAUUAUAUUUCUGUUAUUGAAAACAGUAAAUUCUUUGAGCAGUAUGAAGUUACAUACCAGAUCUUGAAAAGGGCAGCUGAGAUGUAUGCCAAAGCUAAUGGCUCAGUGGAAGAAGCAGAGAAUGUGAUGAAAUUCAUGAAUGAAACAACAGCCCAGUGGAGGAACCUGUCGGUAGAGGUGAGAAGUGUGAGGAGCAUGUUAGAAGAAGUGAUUGCUAACUGGGAUCGGUAUAGCAGCACUGUGGCCAGUCUGCAGGCGUGGCUGGAGGAUGCGGAAAAAAUGCUGAAUCAGCCUGAACAUGCCAAAAAGGAUUUUUUCCGACAUUUACCUCAUUGGAUCCAGCAGCACACAGCCAUGAAUGAUGCUGGUAACUUUCUUAUUGAAACUUGUGAUGAGACUAUUUCCAGAGAUCUUAAACAACAGCUGCUGCUACUAAAUGGAAGAUGGAGAGAGUUGUUUAUGAAAGUUAAGCAAUAUGCUCGGGCAGAUGAAUUUGACAGAAUGAGGAAGGAAUACUUGGAUGGUGUUGCCACAUUGUCUACCUUUGCUGAUGGCACUAAUGGAAAAUUUUCUGUGCCUGUUGAAGUGUCCUUUCUAAAUGUCAAGAUGUUUGUCCAAGAUUUGGAGGAUAUUAAACAGAAGGUGCCUGUGAUGGAAGCUCAGUACAAGAUAAUUACAAGGACAGCACAGCUUGUUACAAAGGAAAUUCCCCAAGAAGAAGUCCAUGAAAUGCUUGCAACUAUGACAGGGAUCAAAGCACAGCUAAGCAAGACUAAGGAGCGUUGUCCUGUCCUGCUCUAUGAAGCUCAGCAGCUGCUGUCUCCUCUGGAAGAAUUAGAAAAGCAAAUUACAUAUUUUUAUGAGUCUCUUGAGAAAGUCAAUGAAAUAAUUUCUGCCCUAGAUCCUGAAGUGCAACCUGCAGCUGUUUUUAAACAAAACCACCAGGAUUUGGUAGCAUACCAAGAAAACUGCAAGAAAGCUCUGUCCCUGAUUGAGAGAAACAGUCAGGGCAUUCUGAAGUUUGUGGCUUCGAGUAAGGUGUUACAACAUUUCGAUCCAUUGAUGCUUCAGAAGAAGGUCACAGAGAUCCAGGUUGCUUUUCAGGAUAUGGUCAAGAAGACUGGUGACUGGAGAAAAAAUGUAGAAGCAAAUAGCCGUUUGAUGAAAAAAUUUGAGGAGUCCAGGGCAGAACUAGAGAAAGUGCUACAAAUUGCCAAUGGAUGCCUAGAAGAAAAAGGAAAUCCCGAAGAACUUCUCAGGAAACAUACUGAGUUUUUCAGCCAGUUGGACCAAAGAGUGCUUAAUGCCUUCCUGAAAGCUUGUGAUGAACUUACGGACAUCCUUCCUGAGCAAGAACAACACAGUCUGCAGGAAGCUGUUAGGAAACUCCAUAAGCAGUGGAAGGAUCUCCAGGCAGAAGCCCCCUAUCAUUUGGUCCAUCUGAAGAUUGAAGUGGAGAAAAGCAAACUCCUAGGCACAGUGGAAGAGUGUAGAUCUGAACUUGCUAGAGAGAACAAGCUGGUAUCCAGCAAGGGCAGUGAAAAGAUCAUCAAAGAGCACAAGUUUUUCUUCAGUGAUAAGGGACCCUAUCAGUUGUGUGAGAAAAGGCUGCAGCUGAUUGAAGAACUGUGCCUAAAACUCCCAGAAUGGGAUCAACUUAAGACUACAUCAGAAAGCAGCCAAGAAACCCUCAAGGAACUUAAAUCCCAGAUUGAUAGCACCUAUGUGAAGCUAAAAGAGAAUCCUGACAAAUGGAAGGAGUACAAUAAUAGAAUUUCUGAAUUAGCAAGUUGGAUUUCAUCAAAGGAGAGUGAGCUAAAGAAGAUGAAGCAUGAUGUCAAUGAUACUGCCAAAUACAAACAAUUUAAAACAGCCACGGAGAUAAUCCAACAAGAUAUCAGCAAACAAGGAGAAAAUGUCAACUGGCUGAAAUCUAGACUUGCUGUCCUGACUGAGGUUUCUGCCGAGAAUGAAGCCAGAAAGAAAGAGAAUGAGCUAUCUAAACUUUCUAGUGACUUCAAGGGACUCCUACAUUUGCUGGCUGAGAUUGAGAAGAUGUUAAGCACUGUUGGGGAUUGUGUCCAAUACAAAGAAGAAGUAAAAAGUGCCCUAGAAGAACUAAUUACCAACUCAAAAGAAGCCCAAGUAGAGGCUGAAAAAAUCUUAGAUACAGAAAGCUUAUUACAGGCUCAACAACUGCUUCUGCAUCAUCAGCAAAGGACAAAGAGGCUCUGUGCAAAGAGGCAAGAUGUUCAACAGCAGAUUGCACGAGCUAAGCAGCUGCAGAUCGAAGGAGGACUGCCUAGCACAGUGCAAGAAGAUUUACAGAAGCUGGAAGGUACAUUAGAAAACAUGCAGCAGAAUAUGGAGAAACGGGAAGAAAAAUUACAGGUCACAGUAAACAAAUGGGAACAGUUUGAAAGAGACAAAGAAACAGUAGUCAAAUAUCUUAAGCAAGCAAGCUCUGCACUUGAACGCAUCUUAAGCUUUAGCAGUUUAGAGAGCCUCUCAUCAGAACUGGAUCAGACAAAGGAACUUUCUAAACAGACAAUAGCCAUUGCAGCACAGGCUGAGAAUCUUGUGAAGAACUCCUCUGAGAUACAGCUGGGCUCAAAGAACAAGCAAUCCCUUCAACAGCAGGCAAAGUCAAUCCAGGAACAAGUGAAAAAAGUGGAAGUUACCCUUGAAGAAGAGUAUGUUCUUAACAAGUCCUAG